CACCAACCCUCCAGGAAAUAUUUUGAGGUUUCUUCGUCACCCAUGAAGAAAGUAUUUGUUUUCAUCUGAGAAUAAUAUCUCAGUGGUUCUGACUGCAGCCACAGACCUUUACGGCUUGACCUGAAAAUCAAAACAAGAGAGACAAAAUAUUACCAUAAUCAUUUUAGCUUAUAUAUGUAAGUGUCCAAGUGUCUCAAAAUGUAGAAUCAACUUGUUAAUGUUGAAUCAUUGUCACUGAAUUGAAGACUGACCUCUAAGCGACUCUUGAUGCAUGAAUCUGACUGAUAGGUGUUAAUACAAUUUAUGCUUAUAUUAGGAUUUCCAAGCAAGUGAGAAAAUCCAUCACAAUUGUUCAUAACGUUUGACAUCAGAUGGGAGUGAGGACCAUUAUUUGUCUUGGUACAUUAAAAAAACAACAAAGUACUGGAGGAGCUUCCAUGAUGUAAUUUAGAAAUAUUGUUUUAGCAAAUAUGUUAAAGAAAACAUUGGUGGUGUCUAUAAACAAUUAUUAAUAGUAAUUCAUAAAUAUGAUUAUUUUACAAAUAUGAAAGAAAUUUCUUUUCUAAACUGAUGUCAGUAGAUAAAAUACAGAUUAGUUUCAGUCAUCAAAACAAAGAUUCAGAAGCAAACAAAAUUAAAGGCUUUUAGGAUGUUAAAAUAGAUAUUUAUUCAUUUAUUGGUUCUUCUGGAUAUAAGUGGUCUUUACUAACCCUUAAUCAAGGCCUGUAGGUGUCUAUGGAGCAUUGCCCUGCACAGGCCUGUGAAGCUUUCAUCAUCUGACAGUUUCCUCCCCUCACGUCAUUGUGCUUCAUCAACUGGAAACUUCAGACUGCGCCCCCCUCUCCACCUCAUUUUCUUUUGCCUCUUUAUUUUCUCUAGGGAGCAGUUAAUUCCAUUUUCUCUUUUUUUGCGUACUCCAGUUUUAAUACAUUGAAAACUGACCAGGCUAAUAAGUACUAAUUUAUGUCAAAUCUUGCCAGAGCUCUUAAUUCCUCUGCAGCCAUAGCUUCAUCAGGUCACCCUCCAGCUUCUGGGCUCAACGUUCAAUUAAAGUCCCUCGUCCCAUCAGAGCAGAUCACAUCAGCCUUGCUCUGUGGUGGACGCUGAGGUGGUAGAUGUACCAUAAUCCUGACAAAUUAGCAUUAUUGUUUCUGAAAAAUUGGGCUGCUGAUAGAUGACCACAAAUUGUCUUUGCAAAAACUAAUGGCUGAUGCUGUCAGCCCGGAUCUGCCCCUCACAAGCUGCUCACAGAUACCUGAGUCAAAGAUCCAGCCAGCGUUGGUGAGGAGACUCAAGAUUCCACACCUAUUGGCUCAUGAACUGGAUUGUGUUGGCCAGAGCAGGCGUGUGACCGACAACUGGAGCUGUCGCCACCAUGAGUCGCAGUCCUGAGAGGAUCUCGUCCUACCGUCGCCACUUUGAGGACGACAGCAGUUCGUCCUACCAGGUCCGGAUGUCCAGCGUGUCCCCCAGCAGGAGGGAGGCCCGUCAUGCCUCCGCAGACUACUCCUGCAGAGCCGGGGCGGGCAGCAUGCGCGUGGCCUCCGUAGGAAGGAGGACGCUCUCCACUGCCCGCAGGUCUCGUGUGGUUGGGACCGGUGUGGGUGCAGGAGCCAUGGUUUGCAUCGGGCCUGGCGGGAAACCCGCCAUGGAUUUGGACACGGCCGCAGCUGAGAACCAGGUGUUCCGUAGCACUCGAACGAGUGAAAGGCAGGAGAUGAUCGUCCUUAAUGACAGACUGGCCGUAUACAUAGACAAGGUCCGGUCACUGGAGCAGCAGAACAAACUGCUGGAAGCAGAGAUUGAGGCCUACCAGAACCGCUUUGAGAAGCCGUCGGGUCUGCGCCUGCUGUACGAGGAACAGCUGAGGGAGCUGAAGAAGGUCGCUGAUCAGAUGAGAGCUCAGCGGGAUGUUUCUGUGGCGGCUAAGGAGUCCACAGCUGCUCAACUAGAGGCUAUCAAAAUCAAAUAUGAGGAGUCACUGGAGCUGAAGAAGAAAGCAGAGUUAGAAAUUGAAGCCUUCCGUCCAGAUGUUGACAAAGCCACCUCCUCACGCAUUGCUCUGGAGAAGAGGCUGGAGCAGCUGGAACUUGAAAUUGAAUUCCUGAAACGUGUCCAUCAACAGGAAAUUGAAGAACUUAUGAAACGGAUCUAUGCGGCCCAUGUCUCCGCUCAGAGUGCAUUCACCCUGCCCGAUCUGGCAGCCGCACUGAAGCAAAUCCAAACCCAGUAUGACGACAUUGCAGCCAAGAAUCUCCAGGAGAUGGAUUCAUGGUACAAAAACAAGUUUGAAGAUCUAACUCAAAAAUCGUCAAAGCAUGUGGAUAAAGUCCGAAGCUUUAGGGAAGAAAUAACAGGAGCCAAAAAGGAUAUACAAAGCAAAGAACGCGACUUGAAUUCCCUGAGAACCAGGAAUGAGGCGCUGGAGGCCCAGAUUCGUGAGGCACAAGAAAAGUACCGGAGGGAACUGGAGGAGCUGCAGGCUCGGAUUGAGUCCCUGCAGCUGGAGCUGAGGUCUACCAAAGAGAAAAUUGCACUACACCUGAGCGAGUACCAGGAACUCCUGAAUGUCAAGAUGGCUCUGGAGAUUGAGAUCACAACUUACAGGAAACUUAUCGAGGGAGAAGACCUGCGGCUGUCUGGCAUGAUACAAACCGUGUCCCUUACCAGCUGCAGCGUGAGCGCCAUCGGUGUGGGCAUCAGCAGCUCGAUUGUCGGGAUGAUGGGAAGUGCUGGCGCCGGUGUUGGAGGCGUGGGGAGUGGGUUAGGACUGGGUGCAGGAGGUGUGGGGAGUGGGUUAGGACUGGAUGCAGGAGGCGUGGGGAGUGGGUUAGGACUGGGUGCAGGAGGCGUGGGCAGUGGGUUAGGACUGGAUGCAGGAGGCGUGGGGAGUGGGUUAGGACUGGGUGCAGGAGGCGUGGGGAGUGGGUUAGGACUGGGUGCAGGAGGCGUGGGCAGUGGGUUAGGACUGGAUGCAGGAGGCGUGGGGAGUGGGUUAGGACUGGGUGCAGGAGGCGUGGGGAGUGGGUUAGGACUGGGUGCAGGAGGCGUGGGCAGUGGGUUAGGACUGGAUGCAGGAGGCGUGGGGAGUGGGUUAGGACUGGGUGCAGGAGGCGUGGGGAGUGGGUUAGGACUGGGUGCAGGAGGCGUGGGUGCAGGUUCAGGCAGUGCUUCUGGAGGAGUGGGUGGUAGAAUGGGUGCCGGAGUCACAGGUGACCGAACGGCCCCUGCUGAAAGGGCAGAUGUUGUUGGUGGACAUGUAGUGAGUGGUGGAGGAGUAGAUGGAGGCCUGGGACUUGGUGCUGGGGGUGUGGGUAAUGGAGGCAGUGUAGGGGUGAGCGGUGGAGGAAUAGAUGGAGGUCUGGGACUUGGUGCAGGGGGUGUGGGUGUGGGUGCAGGAAGCAGUGUAGGAGUGAGCAGCAUAAGCUCCAGUAGUGGUAGACUGGGCAGUGGAACCACCGAUGCUGGUACUGGGGUCAGAGGGCUCGGUACUACUGCUGGAGGUGUUUUCACGGAUGCUUCUGGAGAUGUAGCUUCUGGGAUCGGAGGCGAUGUUGCAGGUACUGGCUCCAGACCUUCAGAUGGCACAGGAACCACUGGCAUAGGGUUCAUUGGAGGAGACACCGGUAUAAGAAGGGGAGCGGGUGACAGAGGAAAAGACUGUGGGCCAGGGACUGCUGGGAUCAUGGGGAGCAGUGGAGGAACGGAGGGUGUAGGUGGAGAUGAUGCAGGCGUUGCGCUAUCAAGCGUUGGUGGAAAGGGGAAAGUUGUUGGAGGAGGACUGGGACGCAACAGUGGCAACUUUGAGACCUAUGAGCAGGCCGUGGAGCUGACGGAGAGAAGGACAGUGGUCAUUAGAACUGUUAAAAAUGAGGACGACGUCCUGGAAAUGGACCACCAAGAAAAAACCUACACCAUCACCGGUGCGGCCGAUGACUCUGAUGAUGACUGAGUAUGAAUUCCCAAGUGACCCCUUCUCGCCCUUCAAUCUCCACGCCCCCUCUAAGCUUUGCACUGACCAAACCCCAUGUCUGGGCUCUGACCUUUGCCCUCUGGCCUGGAUGAGCAGACCCCCAGUGACCCCCUGCUACACAGUGAAGCCCUCACAUCACAGUGUUUAAAUAUGCCUAAGAACCCUCAACAUGGACUCUGAACCUUUGUGUGCCUUUCACUCCCCCUUUUUCCUCUCGCUGCAAAUAAAGCCACCAGCAUUCGA